AUGGGAUCCCUCUCGAACAUCGUGGCCGUGGCCGCCGUCGUCGCGGCGCUCGUCGCCGGCGGGUCGUGCUCGCCCCCCAACGUUCCGCCCGGCCCCAACAUCACGACCAAAUACGACGGCAAGUGGCUCGCCGCCAGGGCCACCUGGUACGGCGAGCCCACCGGCUCCGGGCCCGCCGACAACGGCGGCGCCUGCGGGAUCAAGGACGUGCACCUGCCACCCUACAGCGGCAUGAUUUCCUGCGGCAACGAACCCAUCUUCAAGGACGGCAAGGGGUGCGGUUCCUGCUACGAGAUCAAAUGCAAGGCGCCAGAGGAGUGCUCCAACAAGCCGGUGGUGGUGUUCAUCACCGACAUGAACUACGAGCACAUCUCCUCCUACCACUUCGACCUCAGCGGCAAGGCCUUCGGCGCCAUGGCCAAGCCCGGCCUCAACGACAAGCUCAUCCACCGCGGCAUCAUCGACAUGGAGUUCAGGAGGGUGCGUUGCAAGUACCCUCCCGGGCAGAAGAUCUGGUUCCACGUUGAGAAGUUUUCGAACCCGAACUACCUGGCGGUGCUGGUUAAGUUCGUAGCGGACGACGGCGACAUCGUGCAGAUGGACCUCAAGGAGAAGGCGUCGCCGGAGUGGAGGCCGAUGAAGCAGUCGUGGGGCGCCAUCUGGAGGAUGGACAGCGCCAAGCCGCUCAAGGGCCCCUUCUCCAUCCGCCUCACCAGCGAGUCCGGCAAGAAGCUCGUCGCCACCGACGUCAUCCCGGCGAACUUCAUAGAAAACGCCGUCUACAAGUCCAACAUCCAGUUCUAGAUUUCUACUAGUUGAGCCGAGCGACCAAUCUGAUUUGUUUUGGUUUCUCCACAUAUUUGUGCCUAAGCUCUGUAUAGCCGCGCGUGUAUAUUUGCGCCGUGCUGAUGCAUGCAGCAGCAUG